GUUGUCAAAAUCGAUAACACUAACCUAAUUUUUGUAAAAAGGGGCGCGGUUUUAAUCAUUUAUAUUUAUUUUGUGUUACUUAGUAGGUCUAAAGGCAUGCAAAUGUUGGCUAAAAACGAACACAAUGUAGAACCUGAAUUAAAAUCGAAUUUAUUGAAAGAAAAUUUGGAAGUGCAACGAUUAGAUAGCGAUACGAACACCAACAAAUUAAAACGCGAUGAUGGCAAAACCGAGAUAUCUACAAAAGAAAUUUCUACAGAACGAAUUUCCACAUCAACAUCAUUAAUAGUUCAUGGUCCAUCAAAUAGAUCUUCCUCUACGAGUUCAGAGUUAGAGUGGGUAGACAAAAUUACUGUCAUUAAUAAAAUGGAUAAACAGAUGAUCCUAUAUGAAUACGCAAAUUCAUUGGCAAUUCAAGCAUUUCUAAAAAUGUGCAACUUGGGGUAUGAAAUCGAAGAACGAGAAAAUGCUGCUGAUAUGUCCCCUACACGAACUAUUCCAUUCAUCAAGGUUGAAAAGUGUAUAGUUGGGGAACUAGAACAUAUCAUUCAUUUUAUAAAAAAUAAGAAUAUAAAUUUAUCAGAUAAAUUAUCACAUGGUCAGAAAAUCGAUUUGAAUUCCUAUAUGGCGUUGGCUAACAAUUUAAAGUUAGUUGAAAUUUAUGUUUGCUGGAGAGAUAAGAAAAUUUAUAAGGAAGUAACAAGACUAAAAAAUGGAUCUGUGUACCCAUGGCCAUUAAACUGGAUUCAUACCCUCAUGAGACGAAACCAAGCGAAUAAAUACCUAAAGAGCUUCGAGUGGAACGAUAAAAGUUUAUCCGAGGUUCUUUAUGAAUUCGAACGCACUUGUGACGCUUUAAACCGGAGAUUAGACGGAAAAACCAGGUUUUUUGAGAUUGGCGAUACAGAGCUUGAUGCCUGCGUAUUUGGACAUUUAUAUGCCGUUUUGUAUACUCCUUUUCCAAAGAAUUAUCUAGUAAAUUAUGUAAAAGGAUUUCCGAAAUUGAUCAAAUUUGUUAAAAGAGUUAAAAAAGAGUACUUUUAAAAUGUACAUUAAACGUUUUGGAAAUAA